AUGGUCUGGAGAUGCGUGGUUUCUUUGGGUAUCAAUGUUCUGGACUUGGUGAUAUUUUGUGGCCCUGUUCACGCAACUACCCUGAAUACUGUCGUAUUCAGUCUGGAUUCUGCGUACAUAGUGUGUUCCUACUUUGAGAUGAAGAAGGGAAAGAUGGACGUCAUUCGCCGAGUCAUGAACCAACCUAGAAUAGUAUCUGAGCGCUCUUUCGGGGCGAUGACACAAGUGAUGAGCGGCGAAGUGGCCUCUUUGGAGUUUGCCUCUGUUUUCUUUCAAUGUCCCAAUUCGUUAAUGAUGGUGAGACAAGCGCAAUCAUGCAGGGCCGGCGUCGAACGGCCAAGGGACCGAGGGGUUUCCGGACCCGAUGCCGCUGGAUGCCCGGUUCUUUGCCAUAGGGGGGCACUAGAAAGGCUCUCUACUAUUACCUAA